UCUCGUUUGUGGAGAUCAUUCAAGACGGUCAAAGAGAUCGUUAGGGACAGAGUAAGUGAUCAUAAAGUCUAUUUGAGGUUGUCAUAGAAGUGGGCGACAUCUACAAGGUGAACAAACUUACUAACGUAAAUAGGGGUAUUAUAUUACUCAAGAGGAAUUAGACAUGUCUUUAGAUGAAUUCAGAUCUAAAAUAUGCGAUAGUAUGGGAUUACCUCAAAGAAAAUUGAUGUGUUUUCAGGCAAAUCCCACUGCAGAGGCAAUGGAAAAGUUUCCAGAGCUUGGUUCCUUGUGGGUUGAAUUCUGUGAUGAGGCAUCUGUAGGUAUCAAGACCAUGAGAAAUUUUUGCAUUCACAUAAGUGAGAGAAACUUUAGUACCGGAAUAUUCAUCUAUCAAUCAUCAAUAACACCCAGUGCUAACAAGUUGAUUCCUACCGUUUCCCCGGCAUCCAUUGAAACAUUUCAAGAAAGUGAUCUUAUCGUGAACAUUACACACCACGAAUUAGUUCCAAAACACAUCAAAUUAGCUAAGUUAGAAAAGAAAGACUUAUUAGAGAGAUAUAGAUUAAAAGAGUCCCAGUUACCUAGAAUCCAAAGAGAAGACCCUGUGGCAAGAUAUUUGGGAUUAAAAAGAGGAGAGGUCGUCAAAAUAAUUAGGAGAUCUGAGACCUCUGGUCGUUAUGCCUCUUAUAGAAUAUGCUUAUAA